CCUUUUGCGUCUGGCGCUUUGCUGGCAAAGUUAUAAAUGUCACGCAAAGCUACAAAGUUUUAUCUGGCAUCAGCUUUAAUGCGGAAGCGUCUGGGUUUAUAAUAUGUUUUUUAAUAUUUUAAUUGCUUGAAAAUCGCGUAUAGUAAAUAAUUUAUACAUCAGAAAGCGGCAGCGUCUAUUUAGUUACAAAAGAAAAUAUGGGAUCCUCAAAAAAACACAAGAAACACAAAUCUGAACGACGUGAAAAAUAUGAAGAGUAUAGCAAUAAUAUGGACCCUUCACAACUGCAGCGCGGCUUGAAACUAAUUUUGAAAGUAGGCUCCAAUUCCACACCUGAAUACAGCGGUGGUUCGCCGCUUGCGGGUCCACCUACUGCAGCAGAGGCAAUGAUGUCUGCUGCGCCAAGUAGUCCUGUAGCUGAUGACCUUCCGCCAGCGGAAGAGUAUUAUGGUGAAAAGCAUAAAAAAUCUAAAAAGAAGAAGAAAAAGAAGGAUCGUGAAAAGAAACAUAAACACCAUAAAGAAAAACGUCACCGCAGCGAGCGUCAUGAGCAGACUAGUGGUGGCGAAAGACGAGAUGCUUCUGUCGAAGUGCCAAACCAAAAUAUUAAACUGGAAGAUAUACCACCGGCUACGAUUUCGACAGUACAACGCAGCCCGAGAAAUGUGGCGCCUCCACCUGUAAUAGAUGGUGAUUCCAGCCAAGAUGGUUUCAGCUUUAUGGAAGAUGGCGAUUCACAGCCAUUACCGGAGAAUAUACUUCUGUAUGCUGGCAUAACCACAGAUAAUUCGCCAUCUUGUCGUCCGGUCUCAAAGCCCAUUGUACCACGAAAAACUGACGAUAUGCUACUAGAUUCACCGGCAUCAUCAUCGUUACAAUCUUCAUCUUUGGGUGUGGGUGCUUUAGGAGUUAGUAGUCCAACCAAACCUUUGCCUGAUCUUCUCAUUCCGUCGCCAUCAGCUUCGACUGCAGCUUCCACACCGGGUGGCACAAGUUCUUUAGCGGCACUUACACCGAAACAAUUAGAGGCACCAAAAACGCCAAGUUCAUCAAGCGAAUCUGGCCGUGAACCUCGCACUUGUGUACUUAAGCUUAAACAACAAAAAUCGCCUCUGAAUAAGUUAUUAGAUCAUUUACUACGUUUUUUGGAAAAAAGAGAUCCCCACCAAUUCUUUGCUUGGCCUGUCACCGAUGAUAUAGCUCCCGGCUAUUCGUCAAUAAUUACUAAGCCUAUGGAUUUCUCAACAAUACGUCAAAAAAUAGAUGAUAGCGAGUACGGUACUCUGACAGAAUUCACCGACGAUUUUAAAUUGAUGUGCGAGAAUGCUAUCCGUUAUAACCAUGUUGAUACUGUUUAUCAUAAAGCCGCCAAACGGCUACUACAAGUGGGCAGCAAGCAUCUCUUGCCUGAAAAUCUUUUGCGUAGCCUGAAACCGUUAUCCGCGCACUGA